AUGCCAUUCUGGAAGUAUUUCGUAAUUACCAAACCGGAGGUAGAUGAUGAUGACCUUCCCCUGGCGAAGCACCGCAUUUAUGACGAUGACGGUAACCUGAAGCCGUUGACUGUGGAUUCGAUUCAACGGAAAGUCAAUACAGCUCAAGGAAAACCCAAAACAUCUCCAAAGAAAGAAAUAACUCUUACACCAAAAACGCGCGCAAGAAUAUUGCGAAGUGUGGGGGUUUCUCCAACAGGCCCACGGAGAGUUCCUGAGCCCUCUACUCCAAUUACAGAAGCACUGACAACUCCUGAAAGCGUCAAGAAACGGGCAGUCAGACCCUCUGUAGAAAACUCAGACACGGCACGAGCCCUCUACACAUCAAAUGCGGAAACAUCAACACCAGACCAGAAGGCAAAAGGAGGAAAGGGAUCUCUCAAAACAACACCAAAGAAAAGCGAGACCCCGAAAAGAAGUGCCUCAACACCGUCCAAAUCACCAAAGAAGGAAGAACCAAAGACACAACCGACUACUGCUACGGAACCAGCAGCAAAAUUAUCACCCAAAAAGAGAUCUGCUGCCUCGAAGGAGACCACCCCGAGGAAAUCGGCAUCACCUCAAAAGGAGAAUAACAAACGGAAAGCGGAUUCGCCAGUAAACGUAACACCGCCAGCAAAGAAACCUGCUGCAUCUAAAAAGGCUAAGAGAAGCAGAUCGGCCUCGCCUCAGAAAGAAAAGGAGGAGAAGUCGCCAGUUGCGCAGACAUCACCAAAAGCAAAGGCGAAAGGGGCCGCAUCGAAGCGUUCACGAUCUGAAACGGAAAAGGCGGUAGAGGAAGUGUCACCUCAGUGGAGUUGGUCCAUCGAUUCCCUCCGGGCGUUUGCCGCGGAAAGAAAAAUUGAUAUAUCGCAAUGCAAGAAAAAGGUUGAUAUCUUUAACAAGAUAAAGGAUGCGCUAUAA